GCGCGCGUGUGUGCGCUUCAGCAGCAGUGAGUCUCCAGCUGCAGCGCGGUGGAGCGCACAGUCCAACAGUCCAGCAGAGCAGAGACAGCAGAAGACACAGUCCCUCCGCUGGACUCUCGGUGACUUACCACUGAAAGUGAAUGACAGUGUUUGGACAGAGGGGACAGACAGAAAGAUGGAGGGACAGCGCACUUUGAUGUCUUUACGGGGAGCGUUAUGUGUCUUCCUCGUCGCUGUGCAGCUGGAGCCCGGGACUGCCGAUUUGCCUCCGUUUUACCCUUUACGGCAGCUUUGUAAGUUCUGUGAUGGGGAGCUGUCCUCGUGCAGCGGCACAGGGACCUGCAUGUCCAACUGCUCCAUCACAUCCAUCUGCAUGGACACCAGCGAUGUCUGUGUGGCUAUCUGGAGAAAGAACGAGAGUGGGUUCUCUGUGGAAACUCUGUGCCACAAUCCUUCCAGGCGGCUGUACGGCGUCCUGCUGGACGACUACAACAGCACCACCUGUGUGAUGAAGGAGAAGAACACGACAAGUGGACUGGCUCACUUCUGCUCCUGCACUAAUGAGGAGGAGUGCAACGACAAGCUGAUAUUCCCCCCGAUUGUGGAUCCGGCACUGGAUGACACAUUACUAUCUGUGAUCCUGGUGAGUCUGCUGCCCCUGCUGGUGAUGGUCAUCAUUGUUGCGGGAAUGUUCUACUGGUACCGAAAGUACCGGCAGCGUAUGCUCAGCCAAGAGUGGGAGAGCAACGUGAAGAAACGCAAGCCCAGAGCCGGUGGGCUGGACUGUAGCGACGCCUGUGCCAUAAUGAUGGACGACGACAGGUCAGACAGCAGUUCAACUCACGCCAACAACCUGAACCACAACACUGAGCCACUGCCCAUAGACCUGGACCUGCUGGUGGGCAAAGGUCGCUUUGCUCAGGUGUACAAGGGGAAGCUGAAGCAGACAACCUCAGAUCAGUUUGAAACUGUGGCGGUGAAGAUUUUCCCCUAUGAGGAGUACGCUUCCUGGAAGAACGAGAAGGACGUCUUCUCGAACACUGACCUCCGACACGAGAACAUCCUGCACUUCCUGACAGCAGAGGAGAGGAAGGUGGAGAAGCAGUACUGGCUCAUCACUGCGUUCCAUCCCAGAGGAAACCUACAGGAAUACCUCACCCAUCAUGUGAUCAGCUGGGAGGAGCUGCAGGUCCUGGGCAGCUCUUUGGCUCGGGGUGUUGCCCACCUCCAUAGUGACCGCCUGCUGUGUGGACGCCCUAAGAGCUUUGUUCCUGAGGCCCACCGUGACCUGAAGAGCUCCAACAUCCUGGUGAAGAAUGACCUGACGUGCUGUUUGUGUGACUUUGGUCUGGCUCUCUGUCUGGACAGCAGUCUGUCUGUGGACGACCUCGCCAACAGUGGACAGGUGGGGACGGCUCGUUACAUGGCUCCAGAGGUUCUGGAAGCCCGACUGGACCUGGAGAACACGGAGUCCUUCAAACAGACUGACAUUUACUCCAUGGCCCUGGUUCUGUGGGAGAUAACUUCGAGGUGUGAAGCUAUUGGAGAGGUGAAGGACUACGAGCCCGCGUACGGAUCUAAAGUGCGAGAGCACCCCUGUGUGGAGAGCAUGAAAGACAACGUGCUGAGAGACAGAGGAAGGCCUGAGAUCCCCGACACCUGGCUCAAACAUCAGGGUGUGGCCGUGAUCUGUGCCACCAUAAAGGAAUGCUGGGACCACGACCCCGAGGCUCGACUCACGGCGCACUGCGUCGCCGAGCGCAUCUCCGCCAUGGAGGACGAGCUGGACAAACUGUCCUGCCGCAGCUCCUCAGAGGAGAAGAUUCCCGAGGAGCUGAAGAUCCCGAUAGAGGUGGAGAUCCCCGAGAAGGAGGUGAAAAUCACAGAAAUCCAGGACGUCAUAGCUGUGGACUGCUCGGUGAGCGACGAGAAGUGAGGCGUGGACACCUCGUCUCCUCCGGUGGGACGUCUCUAUAGUGAUAUUCAGGAGCUGAGCUCCUGCAGGACGAGUUUCAGUGUCAUAUCUCAAUGUAACCCAGCUCAGAUAAACUCUGGGGUUUGUUUGUUUGUUUGUAUGUUUGUUGUUUUUUAACUUUGUCCAUUUCUACAACAACUCACCAUCAUCAGCUGUGAAAGCUGAAGAGCCAAAGAAACUUAGAAACUGGAAGCUUCCAAAGAUGUGCUGAGCACGGAGACAGUAUUUUUUCACAUGGGUGUCUCUCCCUCUCUCUCUCUCUUUCUCUCUCAGAAGUGAAAGUCCUCUUUUUUAAGUGAACAAAGCAAAAAAAAAAAAAUGUUUAAUGUGCAAUUUACGAUAUGAUACUUAGGCAAUAAAAGACGUGUUUUGAUAUAUAUUCAUGUA